AUGGGGAUCAGCUCGGUGGCGCAGCACUUCAACAAGAAGCUCUUUGCCUCCGUUUUCCUCAUCGCCGUGUCCCAGUUCAACUAUGGCUUCGACAACCAGGCCUUCACCUCGACGCAGGCCAUGGACGCGUUUGAGCGGCAGUUUGGCGAGUACGACCCGGCAAAGAAGACGUGGGCGAUCCCGACGUACUUUCUAUCGCUGCUGAACAGUCUCAACUACAUUGGCUUUGCCGUUGGCCUCGUCAUUGGAAGUUUAACAAGCGCCCGUUUCGGCCGUCGAACGACCAUGUUCGUCAUGAGCGUGUACGCCUUGAUCAGCGCCACGAUCGUAGUUACUGCGACCAAGAAGGAGCAGAUUUUGAUGGGUCGUAUCCUCAACUACGUCUACAUCGGUUUCGAGCUGUCCGUCGUCCCGGUAUACCAAUCCGAAAUCGUCCCGGCUCCGGUCCGAGGAAUGGUUGUCGGAACAUAUCAACUGGCCAUCGGUCUCGGUGGACUUGUAAUCAACUCAAUCUGCCGCGGGACAUCGCAGUUCCAAGAUAGCCGCGCCUACAGGAUCCCCUUUGGCCUCUUCUACGUGAUUCCCAGCAUCGUCAUCUCCCUAAUCUGGUUCAUCCCCGAGUCUCCCCGCUGGCUCCUCCUCCGGGACCGCGUCGAAGAGGCCCAGAAAGCCCACCACCUCCUCCGCGCCGGCACGAUGUCCGACGACGCCAUCGCCCUCGAGUUCGCCCAGAUCCAGCAGUCCCUCCGCGACGAGCCCGAGCAGGGCCGCACCAAGGAGCUCUUCCAGGGCGUCAACCUCAAGCGGACCGCCAUCGCCAUGGGCAUGUCCUUCUUCCAGCAGGCCACGGGCCAGGCCUUCGCGAGCCAGUACGGCGCCGUAUGGGUCAAGUCGCUGGGGACGCUGAACCCUUUCGACGUCACGCUGGGGUCUUCGGCUCUGACGAGCGGAAUGAUCAUCACCUGUCUGUUCUUGACGGAUCGGGUUGGACGACGCAAAAUCCUUCUCCUCGGCUCCUUGGUCCAGGCCUCGGCACUCUACACCAUGGCCGGUCUGGGCGUCCCAACCCCCGUGCCGAAUGCCCAUAAAUCCGGCAUGGUCGGUAUGCUCCUGGUAUUUGGAGCCGGCUUCGGUCUGGGCUGGGGCCCGCUGACCUACGUCGUCGUCACCGAGAUCCCCGCCUUGCGACUCCGUGACCGUUCCCAGCGGGCCUCGUCGCUGGUGAACAUCUUUAUGAACUUCCUCGUCAACUUCACGCUGCCGUACUUGCUCAAUGCGCCGUAUGCCGCGCUGCAGAGCAAGGUGGGCUUCAUUUUCGGCAGCAUCGCAGUGUGCUCUGCUCUGUUUGUCUUCUUUUGCGUGCCCGAGUGCAAGGGCCGCAGUCUGGAAGAGAUUGACCGCAUGUUCCACAACGGUGUGCCGGUUCGGCAUUUCGCUGACCAUCCAAAGUUUGAGGACGGAAUCACGGCAGCCAAGGAGGCGGAUGAAGAAGAUGUUAUUGAGCAGCGGGCAGUUACGCAAGAAGUCAAAUAG